AUGAAGACAAAGAGACACAGUAAGCCACACUUUGCCUUCCCUGCUGUGAUAAUCUUUUCUUUGUGGUUACACACAAGUGCAAACCAUACCCAUGACCCCUGGGUAAGUGAAACGUGGAAUCCUAUCAGCCAGAACCUAAGUGGAAGCCAGAAUCUAACAGAAGACAAUACAAAUUCCCCUCUGAGCAUCAAUUUCAGCAGCAAAGCGACUACUUUUGAACCGCAGACUAAUACCCUGCAAUCCUUAUCCUCCACAAUGGCCCCAAACUCAACAUCUUCCCCUGCCAGAAGUACCGUUUCUGCCACUGGAGGACCGAGGAACACCAGCAAACCCAAGAGUACACUGACAAAAGAAACAUGUGAAGACAAUAAGUCUCUUAUACUGAUUUGUUUCAUUAUAAUAGCAGUACUCGUGCUUAUCUGCACCUUCUUAUUUCUGUCGACAGUCGUAAUAGCAAACAAAAUGUCCUAUCUCAAAAAAACUCAGCAAGGAAAACGCAGGCCCAGGAGCAAUGGCGAUAUUCUGGCGACCAACAGCUUAUGGCCAACUGCAGCAGGAACGUGGCAGAGGAUGCCUAAGGAGACAACGGGAACUGGACUGAUAAUGCAAGACUUAAUAGCAGGGAGAGAUGCUGCGAUGCAAAGGAAAACCGAAGAUGAAACUACUGAGAAACUCACAAAAGAAACAGAUCAUGAACAGGAAAACAAAGUACCAUCAAAGUCACACAAACCCAUUUUAACCAAUUUUGUAGUUGAGAUUUAA